ACAACAGCUUGUUUCAACCUAAUGCAAACAAGUUUUGUAGUGUUAAAAAGAGCUUGACGCUACAGCAAACAGCUUGUGGAAUUUUUCCUCCCAGCUAUUCGGUGUGAAUAAUCUCGUUCUUCGAAAACGGUGGUCACCACGAAUGGAAUCACGUAAAAAUACACGCGUCUAUUAUCACUUUUCCACCUCGUGCAAGAUAGCGUGAAGGGUGAAGGAUGAACCUAUCCUAAGCAGCGUAUAAGAAUCAAUUCGUUCCCCGAGAUCUGUGACGCUGAGAACACCUGAAUAAAGUGUUUUGCUUUCCUAUCUUUCUGUUGGAUGUAAAUUAUUUUGUAUCCCAACAGAUUUCGUCAAUUUUUUGUUUCACAAUUUAUUAUUACCAGUUCACUUGCGCGUAUGCUAUGACAUGGGAAACGAUGACAUUUCUUAUUAUUAUUUAUUAUUGUUAUAGAUUUAUUAUUUCUGGUCGGUAAUUGUUGUUGAAUUGCAAUUUCUUUCCCCGUCAUUCGAUGUAAUUGAGCAAGAUGUUAUCUUCUCUCAUCACUCGAUCAAAUGGAAGUAAAGUAUUAUUGUCAAUUUCUGAGUUCCUAUCAAAAGGUUUCAUUGCUUCGCUAACAUCCACAGUAGAGAGUUGACCGUAGUAUGAGAUUCAUUCGGGGCAGAAUACAACAGUCGAACCGUUCGAAGAUGGUAUCAACGAAUCGAAAAAGUUUUGUAAAACACCCAAGUUACGUUCAGCAAUACCGCUUCUUCGCCCACACAUUACUGAUAUUCGGAAUGAUCAACGUCGAUCUUCCACAAGUUCAAUCUGCCCGACCAUUUAAUGGGUCGAUGGAAAUGGAUAACUCUCGAUAUUUGUCAACACCGCAGGAAUGCGCACGUCAAUGCACAGAAGGGGAAUCGCCAAAAACCUGCUACUAUUAUUUUACGGUAGAAAUAUACAACAUUCUUGGCACAGCCUGCGAACUCUGUACACCUGGCCCAAACAACUCACUGACGAAUGAGUGUCAAUGCGUGACUUCCGAUGGCGUGGCGACGACCGUUCUAACCGUGAACAGAAUGGUACCUGGACCCAGUAUCCAGGUGUGCUUGGGUGACAAGGUCAUCGUCGAUGUCCUGAACAAGAUGGAAGGCAUGGAACUCACGAUUCACUGGCACGGGGUUCAUCAGGAAAAAUCGCCGUACUACGACGGUGUACCUUUCGUAACUCAAUGCCCGAUUUUUCAAGGAAAUACCUUCAGGUAUCAAUGGAUUGCCGGAAACGCCGGUACACACUUUUGGCAUUCCCAUACCGGUCUUCAAGAUAUGGAUGGCGUUUACGGGAAUCUAAUUAUUCGGCAGCCACCCAAGCAAGACCCUAACAGCCACCUUUACGACUACGAUUUAUCGGAGCACAUUGUGCUUAUUAAUGAUAUAUUUCACGAAAUGCCUACUAACCGAUUCCCAGGGCUGGUGAACAGAAGUGGACUCGACGCGCCAGUGUCAGCUUUAAUUAAUGGAAAAGGACAGUACACGAAUUCAACUACUGGUAACACAACCAAAACGCCGUUGGAAUUCUUUCACGUUUCGGCGGGGAAAAAAUACAGAUUCAGAUUGAUCACUGCUUUCACGAAUCCAUGUCCUGCUCAACUCACAGUCGAAGGACACAAGCUGACCGUGAUAGCCACGGAUGGUCAAUCGGUCGAACCUAGGGUCGUCGAUAGUAUUGUUUCUUUGGCAGGUGAGCGAUACGAUUUUAUCAUUUUCGCCAACCAAAUACCUCGUGCCUACUGGAUUCAAUUGCGUGUCAUCGGCGGAUGCAGGGACUCUGAAAUUCAGCAAGUAGCAAUUCUCAGCUACCAUAUAAAUGGAAACUACAGCACACCUCGUUCCAAGCCGCCGACAUACAAUCCGGGACUUCCAACGGGACUGGCCCUCAAUCAACUGGGUUCCAACUGCAAUAAGACGCAAACAAACAUGCUGUGCGUUGGGGAUCUUCGGAAAGCAGGAUUCGUCGACGAAAGUAUCCUGAAGCCAAACCCCGAUGUCAAAGUCUGGUUGCCGGUUCGUUUUAUGGCAUACACGACGGAGCAACUCUUUCAGCCCCACACCUUUAAGUCGUUUUUGCUUCCACCGCCCUACGUUGAAAGCACAUCGUUAGUCAACAACAGGUCAUUCUCUUAUCCGACGUCACCACUUUUGUCCCAAAGGAAGGAUAUACCAGCGUCAGAUAUUUGUGACCAUGAAACAACUCCAGCUAAUUGUGGUUCGCCCUGCUUUUGCACAUACUUGAUUAAUUGUCCACUGGAUUCCGUGGUUGAAGUGAUCAUCUUUGAUGAAGGUGCGGUGACCGAUCUGUCUCAUCCGUUUCAUCUACAUGGGUACGCCUUCAGCGUGAUUGGCCAAGGUGAAUCGCCGGAACCUAAUGCAACCUACCUCACCUUAGAUCAGAUUCAAGAAUUGGACAGAAAGGGACUACUUCAUAGGCAGUUCGACAGACCGCCUUCCAAGGACGCCAUCGCUGUGGGACCGGCUACCUACGUCAUCUUAAGAUUCCGUGCUAAUAACCCAGGCUACUGGCUAUUCCACUGUCAUUACACGUUCCACUUAGCGAUCGGCAUGUCUGUUGUCUUCAACGUUGGUGAACCCUCAGAUCUGCCGCCGAUUCCACGAGGUUUUCCGGUUUGCGCUGAUCAUCUACCUCCCAUGAAGUUUGCCGGAGACAAUUCGGUCUACUGAUCCUGAAUCAUCGAAACGGCAAAUGGUCGUUGACGUCUAGUUGACAUAAAUUGAUCAGCAUUAAGAUGUAAACCUUAGUUGAAUUCUGCGCCUUACGGCUAAACUGCCUGUUGAUGCAAACGUAGAAAAUAUGUCUCAAUAAUCUACAAAAUCUAUAUCUGAAACAUGUUGUUAUAGCAUGGAUUCACUCAUUGUAACAACGUAGAACAAUAUAACUACAAAAAAUCCCAGCUCGAUCCAGUCAGACCUCAAUUAGGUGACCAUAAAAAUCACUGGGAUACGGAAUAAUUGAAGUUCUUCAGAUUACGCCAUGGAUAUCGUUCGUAUCGUAAAACUUCUAAUAACAUAUUCUCUCGUGUACGCGGAGGUCCAUGUGAUAUUUUAAAAUCUUUUACCUCUGUCUCUCAAUUCAUGGUGAAAUAGUGUGUUCUAAAAUCUGUGGUGUGGAAAGCCUUCAUUUAUUUAUUUACAAAUUUUGUACAGUAUCUUGAUGCCUGAACGAAUCGGAUGAAGAAAUUACGGACCGGUUUCGAGUUCAAAUCUUUCAAAGACUAGAAAACUUUCAUUUUCAAGUUUGGCUGGAAACUUAAAAUUCUCAUUUGCAGUGACGAAACAAUGCGCUAUAUACCUGGCAAUUUAUCUUAAAACAGUCGCAACUUCACUUCUGAUGUAUUAUUACUAUUUCACAUUGUAAAACGAAAUAUCAGAUGAGCAAUUGUUGCUGAUAUCGUCGCUGCUCUUUCUUCUGUUCUGUUAUUUGCUUACAUUCGCACUGUUUAUUGAAAUGUACUUUCAUUCAUCAAAUUCUUUUGGUAGUCUGGAAUGUCUCAAGAACAUGCAGUGUCAACUCGCACUACAUUGAGCCAUUGAAUUGAGGCAAAAAUACAUUUAACAUACUUCUAGCUGAGAUUCAUAACUAAAAAAAUUUCGCCAGUACGAUCAUUACAAGCGUUGAUUACUUCUCUUUCUUGUCGACGAACCUACAGUCC